UCUUCGUGAUAGCUACGUAAAAGUUUGAAGUUGCUACAGUUCAGUAAAGUGAUUAAAAAAAACACAGUGGAAAAGGCGGGGGCGAGUGCUACAGGAAAAAGCAGAAAAGCUCAAGGCCGGGUCGGAAGAAUUUAAAAUAUUAUAUUUAUAACAACUCGGUCUAUAAGGAGGAUUGGAAACAAAUAACUUUUGUGGUUAGAACACAAUGCGGUGAUUGACAUGUAGUCAGCUCAGCUGCUUAACAUAAUAUAAAGUAAGAUUAUUUAACCCAGCAUGGAUGAAGCCGCCUUGGAAACGCCUCAGACUUGGGCUAUUGCUACAGACAAGAGAAAGGCCUGGGCGAAAAGCAGAGAUUCCUGGCAAGCUUCGGAAGCAGAGGAUGUUUCCACUGAGGGGAACCAGAUUGCACAGGCAAUAGAAGGGAAGCUGCAGCUCGGAGGGGAACCAGGAAAUAUACCUAAUGAAAAAAUUGCUAUCUGGCUGAAAGAUUGUAGAACACCGCUGGGAGCUUCUUUGGAUGAACAGAGCAAUCCUGCUGGCUUCCUGAGAGGAAUGCUUUUAAAAAAUGGAGGCAGCUUUGAAGAUGACCUGUCACUUGGUGCAGAAGCUAAUCACCUUCAUCAAAGUAACUUGCCGAUUGAGCCCAUUUGCAAUGGCAUGCUUGCAAAAGAUCGGAGACUUCAGUAUCAUCAGAAAGGGAGAAGCAUGAAUUCUACAGGAUCUGCAAAAAGCAGUGCUACCGUAUCCAGUGUUUCAGAACUACUAGACCUUUAUGAGGAAGAUCCUGAAGAAAUUCUUUACAAUCUUGGAUUUGGUAGAGAUGAACCAGAUAUUGCUUCAAAAAUACCAUCAAGAUUUUUCAAUUCUUCUUCAUUUGCACGUGGGAUAGAUAUUAAAGUAUUUUUAAGUGCCCAAAUGCAGCGUUUGGAAGUUGAGAAUCCAAACUAUGCCCUAACAAGUCGAUUUCGACAAAUUGAAGUUCUUACAACAGUGGCGAAUGCUUUUUCUUCAUUAUACUCCCAAGUUUCGGGGACACCACUGCAAAGGAUAGGAAGCUCUGCAUCUCUGUCAACCAAUAAAGAACCUGACAAACCUGCACCUUUAAAUCGAACGACAAGUCAGACAGCAAGUCGUUUAAUGAAAACAUUAUCCAAACUGAAUUUGUAUGGAACACAGCCAACAGGGGAGGGUGCUAUUUCCAGUCCAGGAACAGAUAAUCAGGGUCUUACUCCCAAGAGUAAUGAGGAUGAUGCUAAUAAGACAGAGAAACUACAGAAACCUUUCAAAAAGAAUUCUCCUCCACUGGCCACAGUGAAAGAGGAAGCAUCUAAUUCCCUGUUGAAUGUUGACACACAUUCGCCUGUCAUUUCUCUCCAAUUACAUGAAAAACUUGUUGAUGAAUUGGCUGAGGCGUGCUCAUUAAAACAGGAAGAAUCUUUGAGUAGUCAAAAUGAAUGCAACGCUUCUAGUAUUAUUGACUUGUCUCCUCCUAAAGACAUUGUAUCUACUGAUACAGAGUCUGAAAUCAACUUAGAAGAAACAAGUCCCCAUACAUCAACACCAGACAAGCAGUUAUGUACACCAUUAUCCAACCCAUCUAUUAAGAGUUUAGCAUCAUUUCAAACAAAGGAUUCCUCCUCCUUUGAAAUGGAAGAGGUGCAGAGCACUGAAGAAGAAACUUUGCACAUUCCUUCAACCUGUCAGUCUGUUUUAGAAAAAUUAAGCAAAGAUAAUCUUCUAAGAACUGCAAGCCAGCAUUCUGACAGCAGUGGAUUUGCUGAAGACCCUUCAUCUGACUGCCCUUUAAAUUCUCUUCAAGUUCAUGAGCCCCUACAGACCAUGGGAAGUAGUGCGGAUAGUUGCGAUAGUGAAACAACUGUAACUUCUGUUUGUGACGAUCUAAAGACUCCAUUAGCAACGGAUCCGCCAGAACCUAUAGACUUUGAAAUUGAUGAGUUUUUAACCCCCAUUGACUUAAAUGAAAGUAAAGUAUUUUUUGGCACAAACCAAGAAAUAAGUAAAGAAAACGUUAUAUCGGAAAAUCAAAUGGGUAUCUAUGAAGAUUGUAAGACACAAGAGGAACUUAACUCUAGUGCUGAAAUUAAUCAAGAUAACAGUGAAGAAGAACUGCAGCACCAAUGUACAGUUGAGAGUGAGCUUGAGACGGGCAGUGAAUAUGAACUGGUUCCUUACAUGACGCAUCAUAUAUCUGAAUCGGUGGAUUGCUUCUCAGACUAUGAUGAUGGUUUUCAUCAGUUGGGAAAGGCUGAAACUGGUUCUCUGGAACGUGUAAAUGUUGCAUUACAGAGAGCUCAAAUGAAGAUGAUCAGUUCUGAAACAAGCGGAUCUAAAAGAGGGCGCAGCUUGGUUAAGUCCAAGGACUUGUUGAAACGGAGACAUAAGUUGUCAGACUCAGGCUAUCCUUUGAGAAGGACACAGUCAUUACCUUCUGAAAUGCUUAGUCCAGUGAGGGUAGUCUCUAAAGUGAACAUCGUUUUAUCUUCGGGAAAAGCUACAGUGUGUAGCCCACCAACAUUUUCCUACAAAUACUCUCCAGAGGAGCAAGAAUGCAUGGAACCAUUGGACGAAGAAGCGAACACUAACUACAAAUCUACACUGCCCAUCUCUAAGAAAUCUGAAUACAAAGAAAACUACAAAACUUGUCCUAACAGGAUAACCGAUGAUACUAAUCCUGUUGGGUCACAAUCUAGCUCUAUGCAGACAACGUCACAAAGAUCACAUUCAUCUUGUUCUCUGCACUCUCUUCAGUCUGACUGGCAUGAAAGGCCGUUAUGUGAAUAUGCCAGGACAUGGAGCACACACAGUGUUCCUUGCUUUUCUGGGGCCUCGUGUGGUGCUCUGGUCUCACCAUAUGGUUGUCCACUGGCCCAGAGAUUAUCAUGUGGAUCUCUUAAUAGAUCAUACUCUGGAUAUAGUCUACCAGCUAUGUCAGCCCCUUCUACUACUGAAAUGCAACUGCGCAGAGUCCUGCACGAUAUCCGAAACUCACUACAAAACCUUUCACAGCAUCCCCUAAUGAGAGGGAGUGAUGGAACUACAAGUGGAUACAAUAACCAAAGACCAUCUGUUCUACCUCUGUAUGAAAACACUUUUCAAGAAUUGCAGAUAAUGAAAAGGAGCUUAAAUCUAUUUAGAACACAAAUGAUGGAUCUGGAACUUAAUAUGUUACGUCAGCAAACACUGGUAUACCAGCAUCUGACUGAUGAAGAAAGGUAUGAAGCUGAUCAGUUGCAAGGUCUGAGGAAUUCUGUGCGUAUGGAACUACAGGAAUUGGAACUUCAGUUGGACGAGCGACUUAUGACCCUUGAGGAACAACUGAGAAAUUUUCAUAUGUCUUCUCCUUUUCAUCGUUCAUCUAAUAUGGUACUUGAAACAUACAUACAUUUACUAUAGAUAUUGAUGGUAGAAAAUAAACUCUCAGGGGGAAAAGAAAAUAUUACUAGACCACUUAAAUACAGGCAAAAUAAAACAACUUAUUUGUCUGAAUUAUUUGUCAAGUAUGUGUAUAUCUAGGAAAU